AAGACAAAAACAGCGCAAAAAGCAAGGAAAGCUGCCGCAGCAGCAGGUGCUGUAGCUGCCAAAGAGCUGAAAAUCAUACAGGCUGCUGCUGCGGUAGAUAAAGAAUUUAACCUAAAUACCAAGAAAAACAAUUACCGGGCUCUUAUAAAAAUAUUAAAUAUUAGCUAUACUACCUUAUAUAGGCGCUUGAAAAAAGGGUAAUAAAAUAGGUCCGAUACUCGGAAAUAUAAUAAUUCUAUAUUAACUAAGGAGGAAGAAUAUAGCUUAAAGCAGUAUAUAUUUAAGGUAGAAGUAUAGAGAAUAAGUCUAAACAAGCAUAGUGUAUAAUCUUUUACAACGGAAAUCAAGGUAAAAAAAGUAAAUCCACUAGAUAAACCUAUAGUUUUACUAAGAUAGGUAGAUAGGUUUUUAUAUAGAUAAAACCUAUUUAUAGGUAUUAUAAAACUACUUAAGGUAGUUCGAUUCGAUAUAUAGUAAAAAGUUAUAAAACUAACUAAUUAAUAUAAAUACUUAAAUAAAUAAAUAUAUAAGUAUAAUAUUACUUUAAUUUAUAUUUAGAAUAUAGAUAAAACUAAU